GGAUAUUUGAUGGAUGCCUCUUUUGGAGCUCAAGGGGAUUUGAGGACAACCCCUUCCCUCACAUAAGCUUAGAACCCAGGCCGAACAGUCACAUACUCAUCCACGCAGGACACCCUUCAAACACAUAUGAAGCAUAUGAUAGUCCUCAACAUGUACGAAGCCAUUGUACGAUCACCAUGCGCUGUGGUGUUGUGGCGAACACCGUCCAAUCAGCCACCUCUACGCCACAUCGGCACUUAUGAACCUCCGAUUGUGCCGAUCAUUAUACCUCAUUCAGAAACGGCCAUGACGCGCAACCAUCUUUGCCUAUCCAGAUUCUGGCCAGACAAAUGCCAUGUGUACGCGGCUUUGAAGCCUGCCCCUCUUUUACGUUCGAGAAACUUCUUUUUACAUCGAUAUGAAGAGGUGCCUGAAGAUUUGAUUGGUAAGAACGGGUCCGAUAGUGCUUGUUGCAUGUGUCGGGGCCGAGGUAGGUGUGGCGAUAUGGUGUGGACGUACGUGGGCUUUUGAUGCCUGGUAUGGUGGUGGUAUAUAAAUGCCGUGGGAAGGAAGUUAUAAGCCUCCUCUUCCAAACAUCUUCUCUUACCUCUCGAUAAUCAAU